AUGACCGAUGCAAAUAUCGAUCUCCUAUGUUAUUGGAAUGGUAGAAUGGCUACUGGUUUACACGGUUUAGCCUAUGAAGGCGCCACUCCAAAAGCAAUUAAGGUGAGUUCUCGGAUAAAAUACUCUGAAUUGGUGCAUAAGAUAUAUGCUAUCACUGGCGAUGAAAAGGAACAAGUUCACAUAAAAAUCAUUUGUAGAUAUCCAAGUUCAAAUAAAGAGUAUAUUGCUUUGCUUGUUAAAGACAAUGAUACCUUGAAUAUUGUAUUAGAUGCCACGAAACAACCAGGAGUUUAUUGUUUGGAAAUCUAUUUGGAAAUAGAUAGGCCAGACAUGGAUAUACGAGGUCGUCAAAAAACUUUUAGUCAAGCAUCUACUCAGGUACUCAUCGAGGAAAAUUGUAAUGUCAUGGAGGGAACAAUAAAUCAUGGCCAACGUAAAAGAGAGGUAUUCUUAUCUCAAAGGAGUAUUCAAAGUUUGGAAAUGGAUUCAAUUGAAGAUCGUAAUGAACAUGAAGAUCUUGCACUUGAUGAUGGCUUACCCGAAGUCAAUUGCACAUCUACAGUUGAAGAAAUUGUUGCAGCUGAAGCAGAAUACUUGUUUAUUAAUGGUACGGAAAUAAAUAAUUAUCUGUUAGAGUCUGAUGAUGAGAUAGAGGUGGAAGAAAAUGAACCCCUUGAUUUGUCAGCUGAAGAGGCACCAACUCCACAUUUCACUAAUAUUGAAGGGAUGAACAAUGCUAAAAUAGAUGCAACAAUUUCCAAUGGUCAUCUUGCUGCCCCAACAGAUGAUGAUGAAUUAUAUGUUGGCCGAAGGCUAUGUCAAGAGGAUAAAGAGUUGCUGGUGUUUUAG